AUGUACAUACACACACGCACGUACGUACAGACACAUACACAUGUACACAGACAUGUACACACACACACAUACAUGUACAUACAUGCAGACACAUGUAUAGAUACACACAUGUACACACAAACACACACACCCCCCCCCAAGAGUUGCAGUACUUCGUUGCUCACUCACAGAUCCGGGUACUGCACACUAGGGGGAGGCAAAGAGCACAUCACACUCUCCUUGCUUUGUUUUCACUGCGCUCAGCUAUUGAGCAGUCUGACGGCUCCCAGUGCCAGUGACAGAUCCGGCCUGAGCUCCGAGCCUGCUCAGCAAGACGGCCCUGGGGGACACACUCGCCCCCACCAUAAUUUCCACUCGCCAUUGGUGAGCAGGCGAGUAGAAAUUUCAAGCCCUGUGUUAGAGAAUGGCUUU